AUGUCCGCUGAAUGUCCCAUGCGCAACAUACCAUCAACUACAGACAUCUAUCACCGAAAGUCCCUCUUGUCUUCUUCCAAUAGCAAGGCAACCCACAUACGCAACAAGGACGGUGCAGAACUGAUUACCGUGCCUUCUAGGAAGGUGUCGAAUCCCGAUCCCAGAUCACUCAGCAAUAUUAGCAACAGCAGCAGCAGCACUAGCACUAGCAACGUUAUACCCACAUCAACUGCUGCUACUGCUACGACCAACAACCACUCCGCCCAAAUAACCAAUCAGCUGUCACCCACAGUGCCCUCCGCAUCUAUGGAUUUCCCCCACAACACUGGCUCAAACAAUAUCGGCGGCAAGAAGAAAAAGAAGAAGAAGGGAAAGCAGCAGCAACAGCAGCAGCAGGAACGGCAACAAGAAUCAGAUACACUAUCUAAUAACCACAGUCAUACUCACGACCACGAUAGUAACAAUCACAAGGACCAUUUACAUGAUGGCUAUUACAACGAGGCCCGCUAUAACCAUGUUAAUGAAAGAGUUGGCCAAUAUCAAAAGGAUAUUAAAACUAAUAGACCCGAUUAUGACGACCAUCCCUCGGAAACUAUCCCGGAACUUGUUGAUCCAGAGGAAGAGGGGGGAUACUACAGUCAAGGAUAUGACGAUGAGGAUGAUGAUUCUUAUACCCCACCAAUUCAAGCUCCUGCGCCCCUGACCGGCAAAAAAAAGAACAAAAAGAAGAAAAAGAAGGGGGUAAAUAGUACUCAGGAAGUUUACCAGAGCUCCGAAGUAUCGCCUGUGAGACAGCUUGGUGGGCCCUCAAAAAAAAAAGACCGGAUCUGGAAUACAUCGACAAAUGAGGAACGUGAAAGGAUCAAGGAUUUUUGGCUUUCUUUGGGUGAAGAAGAACGCCGCUCUUUAGUAAAAGUAGAGAAGGAAGCGGUCUUGCGGAAAAUGAAAGAACAACAGAAGCACUCCUGCUCAUGUAGUGUUUGCGGAAGAAAAAGAACAGCCAUUGAAGAAGAGCUGGAGGUUCUGUACGAUGCAUACUACGAGGAAUUGGAACAGUAUGCUCAUCAACAACAAAACUCAAAGUACGCUGCUCAGAUACCUCAUAGUCACCCCCCCGGAUCGUAUUCUACCACCAGAAUACCCCCCCCUCCGCCUCCGCCAGGUCCUCCUCCGGGCAAUCAUCUUAUACAUCUUGGGCAUCAUCAUCACAAACAUCAAGGACAUCGCGUUGAGGAGAUUGACGAUGAUGAAUUUGAGGAUGAUGACGACGAAGAUGAAGAAUAUGAUGAGGACGAUGAUGUUCUGGAUGAACCUUUGCCGGAGAACGAUCCUCAACCUGACUUCUUCAACUUUGGGAACAGUCUCACUGUUCAAGGUGGCAUUUUAACUGUAGCUGAUGAUUUGCUCAAAAACGAUGGUAAAAAGUUUAUUGAAAUGAUGGAACAACUUGCAGAGCGCCGAAUGCAACGGGAAGAAGAAGCAAGUGCUGCUUCCAGUGGUCACACAUCCCAGAACUAUGAUGAUGAGGAUUAUGACGAAGAUGACGAGGAGGAUGACGGAGAGUACGAUGAAGAGGAGGAGGAUGAGCCCGACACCAUGACUGAAGAACAGCGCAUGGAAGAAGGCCGUAGGAUGUUCCAAAUAUUUGCUGCCAGAAUGUUUGAACAACGUGUUCUUACCGCCUAUCGAGAAAAGGUUGCUCGGGAAAGACAGGAUAAGCUUCUUGAGGAAUUAGAUGAAGAGGACCAGCUCCGAGCGGCACGUGAGGAGAAGAAGGCCAAAGAGAAGGAGAAGAGGAGGGAAAAGAAGAGACUGCAAAAGCUUGCCAAAGAAGAUGAAAGAAAGAAGCGGGAAGCCGAAAAGGCCGAGGAGGAGGCUAAACAACGGGCGAUUGAGGAAAAGAAAGCCGAAGAAGUAAGGAGACGGAAAGAGGAGCAGCGGAUGAAGCGGGAAGCCGAAAAAAGGGUUCAAGAAGAAGAAAGACGCCGUAAGGAGGAGGAGAGAAAGAAGAGACUCGAAGAAGAACGAGAGAGGGAUGCUGAGCGUGAAAGAAAAAGGAAAGAGAAUUUGGAGAGGGAACGAAAGAGAAAGGAAGAGCUUGCAAAAAAAGCUAAGGAGGAGAAGGAGGCUAGGGAGAAGGAGGCUAGGGAGAAAAGAGAGCGCGAGGAUCGUGAGCGAAAAGAAAAGGAAGCGAAAGCCAAAAAGGAAGCGCUGGAACGGGAGCGUAUAAAGAAGGAGGAAGAAGCAAAGGCCAAGGCCGAGAAUGCGGCAGCAGCGGCGAUGGCAGCAGCUGCUGCAAAAAGACCCCCAGUCUCAAUACAGACGUCCAUAUCCGUACCACAACAUCCUCAUGGAGUUUAUAAUAGCUCGCCCCAUCUCUCUGUUGCAACACCGGCAAUGCCUAAACAGUCGGUGGGAAACUCACCUGCUCGUACUCGGAAUGCCUCUCAGCAAGGAUCAAUACAAGGAUCUGUAGCUUCUUCCCCAAAGACCCCUCAAGCUGCCCCUAGAAUAGGGUCUUCAGUAUCCCCAAAUACACCCAUUCUACAACAAAACAUUCCUGGUCCAAUAAUCCCCCCGAAUAAAAUAUUUCAGUAUCCGUCACAUAUGCCCACUUCACCAUUACCACAUCACAUUGCCCCUCCGCCAGGUGUACCGCCGCUAGAGAAUGCUUUUCAUAUGAUGAACCAAAUGGGAAUGGGUGGCCCAAGUCCAAUCCAACCGUUUCUUGCCGGAAUGCCUCAAAGACAGCCUUUCGGAAACGGGAUGCCGAUGUAUGCACCAACACAAAUGCCUCUGGGUUCGAGCCCGCAAUAUCGGGGGUUUGCAGCCCCAAACGGUAUGUCAAUGCAGGGCCCCGCUCCUCUAGGAAUGCGCCCAAUGCAGCCACAAGGUCGUGGGAUCUUUAUGGGCGAGCUUGCGCCCGUCAUGCAGCAUCAACUCCCUCCGGGUAUGCCUCUCGGCAUGCCACCGGGCAUGCCACCAGGUAUGCCACCAGGCAUGCCACCAGGAUCGCCGUUCAUAGGGAAUCGAGUGGAACCGGUACCUAUACCCGGUGUACAUUCCCAUACACGGGCGUUGUCAGGCUCGUUCGAACCUAUUCAGCGGCCCACACCAAUUCAACGCCCCUCGAGUGUAGCUCCACCUAGAAAUCUAGAGGAUGGGACAAAUAGUGUUGAUGAGCUUUCCAAGGUCAUGGGUAGCCGUGCACUGCUGGAGGACGAUGAAGACGACUCAAUGCUGGAAGCACAAUCGCCGAAUCGAAGAGGGAGCAGUGUUAUGGGAUUUUCACCAAGACCAACUAGGGGAUUACCGGCUGGAUCCCCUUUAUUUAUAGAUCCUACUAUGUCUCACAUGGGAUUUCCCCAGCCUUCAUGGUCUAAUCCUGCGCCAUUGGGAACUCCAUUGGGAAAUAUCUCAAACUCUCUCCCAACCUCCACUUGGUCAGGAGCAGGCUGGUCUGAAACUGAUGCUGCUCGAAGUACAUUCAACCGCCGGCGGCCGAACAGGCAUGAACAGAUUCGCAGCCUCGCCACGGUCAAGUGCCGCGAGCUUGGAGGAGAGAAUAGUAGCUUUGUCGAAAUAUCAACGCUGCAUCGGGUUAUUGAGCAGUCUGUGCCCGAGAUGGUAGUCACCAUUAAAGAGGUAAUGGAUGUACUUGAUGUCGAAGGAGAGGCUCUGAAUGGCGGUGGAAAUUUUAUUACCACACACGAUACCAACGGAAGGACAUUGGUCAAGUUCCAGGAUGAUGAGGAAAAGAGUGCGGAUGGGAAUUGUAUAUAUCAAAACCCUGUGGCACCCAUCGGACAUCAUAACCACCACCUUCAUCCAGGGGAAAUUGGGUCACCGACAGGCGGUGGCUUUACACAUCCGUUUAAAGCGGCUGUAGGGCCUCCGCCUGGGAUAGCCACUAACGGGUUUCCUUCUUUUUAA